CAUUUCACAACACUGCUGCACAUGCUGUGUCGAAUUUAGUCGCCUUUUGCGGCUUUUAUUUGCCUGGAACUGGAUACAAUUGGCUGCCACCAUUGCUGCAUUUAAAAUGAGCGAAUUUAAAACGUGGCUCAACGAACAGCUGCGACAGCUCAACACAGAUGAAAGUGUAUUUGGUGCCUACAUAAUUGGCAUCCUCGAGGGCGAAGAGGAGACACAAGAUGAAAAAAUCGAGGCACUCGAAGGCAUACUCAGCGGCACAGAAGCAUCCAACAUAGAAGAGCUGGUGGCGAGCAUCUUGCAAAAAUGGCUCCAGAGUCAUCCCAGCGCAGAUGAGCCGCCCAAAAAGGGCCUCGACAUCGAUGUGAAUGCUCAACUAGCCAAAUUGCUCGAACAGCAGAAGCUGCAACCCGCCGCCAAGGAGCGCGAAUAUACCGAAGAGGAGCUUCGCAUUAAGCAGCAGAUACUUGCGCAAUACUCACAGACUGCUGUCAGUGAGGAGGAGGAUGAGGACACGGAUGGGGAAUGCGCUGAGCCCAGCGGAUCGAGCGUUAUGGCGCCGAACACCAACAAGUCGGAUGUGGCCAAUUUGGCCAAGGAGAAGCGCGAGCAGGCGCGUCUCGAGAGUGCGGCCAAAAAACAAAAGGACAAAGAGGAUCGCGAAAAGCAAAAGCAGCUGCGCGAAGAGAAGAAAGAGAAACGCAAAACCGUCAAAGGCGAGCGUCGCCGGUAACCGGCCCAAGAAACCGAACACAACAACAAAACCAAAAUCCGUCUGCCAACUUCUCAGCCUCACUCACAGCCGCAGUCUUCUCCCCGCAGCACAGAUCAGUGCAAAUUUUAGCUGUCUCUCAAAAAGACACCAAAACAAACAAAACAAGAGACAAAACUCCGUGAAGACAGUCAGAAAAUUACCUAUAUAUAC